GAAACACUCUGGUUACUAGGUGUGGUCUCUCAGAUGGCUUUAUAAAAUCACAAGCCUGAGGCUUUGCUCUUCCAGUCCCUAGCUUCCAGAGAAGUAAACUUUGAGCUGUGUGAGGCAAAAAGAAACUUGGAUCAAGAUGUCUUUUGUAUCAGAAUUUCUGAAGCAGUCCUGGUUCAUGGAAAAUCAGGAGCAGGACUACAUUAAACAUUCAAAAGGUGGAUCUGCAGUCCAUUCAUACCCUAACUUCAAUCCAUCAUCUGAUGCUGCUGCACUGGACCAAGCUAUGACUGUUAAGGGUGUGGAUGAAGCAACCAUCAUUGAAAUUUUGACUAAAAGAACCAAUGCGCAACGCCAGCAGAUCAAAGCUGUCUACCAGCAGACUAAAGGAAAGUCUCUUGAAGAAGCUCUGAAAAAAGCUCUGAAAAGCCAACUUGAAGAUGUUGUUGUGGCUCUCUUGAAAACUCCAGCUGAAUUUGAUGCUGAAGAACUCAGGGCUUCCAUGAAGGGUCUUGGAACUGAUGAAGAUACCUUAAUUGAAAUUCUGGCUUCCAGGAACAACAGAGAAAUCAGAGAUGCCACCAGGGCUUAUAAGGAAGUGUUUAAAAGGGAUCUAGCACAAGACAUUAUUUCAGAUACAUCUGGAGACUUUCAGAAGGCUUUGCUUUCUCUUGCCAAGGGUGACCGGGCUGAAGAUUUUCAAGUGACUGAUGAUCUUGCUGAUAACGAUGCAAGGGCCUUAUAUGAAGCAGGAGAGAAAAGAAAAGGAACAGAUAUAAACGUAUUCAUUACUAUCCUUACCAUGAGAAGCUAUCCACAUCUUCGAAGAGUCUUCCAGAAAUAUAGCAAGUACAGCAAACAUGACAUGAACAAGGUGCUGGACCUGGAGCUGAAAGGGGAUAUUGAGAACUGCCUGACAGCUAUUGUGAAAUGUGCUACAAGCAAACCGUCUUUCUUUGCUGAAAAGCUCCACCUGGCCAUGAAGGGCUCUGGGACCCGUCACAAGCAACUGAUAAGAAUCAUGGUUUCCCGUUCUGAAAUUGAUAUGAAUGAGAUCAAGGGAUAUUAUAAGAAGCUAUAUGGUGUCUCUCUCUGCCAAGCCAUUAUGGAUGAAACCAAAGGUGAUUAUGAAAGCAUUCUGGUGGCUUUGUGCGGUGGAGACAACUAAGUUUCAGAUUCUGCUGAUGCAUUCCAGCCUCAUUGCCAAGGACCAUUACCUUUGUCUCAGCCUUUACAACAUAUAAUAUAGGCUUUAAACAGAGGCAUCUCUAGUUUGGACUAUAGUCCACACAUGCUAUCUGGAAAAUGUAUAGCCUGGAAAAUAUAUUUUAAUAUCACUAUUAACUCUCUUUUUUCUACUAUUUAUCCAAAGCUAAAGAGCAUACUAAAGGUUCUGUUUGCUUUAGGAAAACUAUCCUUGUAAAAGGACAGUUUUUGCCUGAAAAGGCAAGUGCAGCUUUACAAAUAAAAUUAAAUUUAUGAAAAA